AGAGAGAGAGAGGCUGCAAUCUCCUCCCUGAAUCGCGCACAGCGCUGCAGAUCCCAGUGCUCCGACAUGCGGGCCGAAUGCAGGUGAGGGAAGGCACGGACUCUGCAGCUGCGAACCCAAACUUGGGCACCGCGCGGUGCGCACGGUUCAGCCUUCGCCCCCGCGGGCGAACGGCUGCUGCGGUUUCAGGCGGCGGCUUCGUGACUAAUGACCUUGCGCAGAGUUGUUAAGAAAAAAAGAGAAACCCGAGCUCUUGGGGGUGAAAAGGGACUGACUCUCUGGGUGUCUCUGAAGAUGGCUCGGGCUGCUCUUCGGCGCGCGGGGGGGACCCGGACGCGGACCGCCGUGUGACGCGAGUGGUCUCCACUGCACGGUGCCCGAAGCGACCUGCCAGGGCUUUUUCAUUCUCGAUCUGUUGACUGGCUCCCCCGCUGCCAGAGCAGAGUCAGAGUUCAGACUGGCUUGUUGCUGGCCCCAGCGCCUCGUGCAGGAAGCAACUCACGUUUGCCUGGGCAGCCGGAGCAGAAGCUGGGUCUGGAGUGUGUGGCUGGAACGUGAAUUGGACUCAACUCGAGUAGCAGCAAAGACCAACGGGGUUGGCAGGCGGGGGAAGCUGCAGGCGUGUUCCCCGCCGCUUCCCGGCUCCACCGCCCGCCCGCCGGAGCGGUUCCGGCCCCAUCCGACAGAGCGGGGACGGGAGCCCGGGAUUCUCCGCCCGCUGCGGGGAUGACUCUGGGGGGGCGCCGAGCCCGCGGCGCGCAGUGUCCCGUGAACUGUGAGUACUGCGACUGAACGGCGGCCGGCGAGCGGGCGAUUAGCACCCAUUGCAUGAAUUAUGAAACAAUAACUUUCGGAAGAAGCAGAAGGAAAAGAAAAAAGAAAAAGAAGGACACCUCGCUGGUCCCCCCUGGCCGACUCCGCACGCUGCUCUUCUCGCCCCCUCCCUCCUCUCCCUUCCUCCUUUCCCGGAGAGAGAAGAGGACUGGGAGGAGGGCCGGCGGCCGGCCCCGGAGGAGGGGGGCGCCGAGGGGGCUGUGACUAGAACGAGCAGUAGCAGCAGCAGCAGGAGAAGAUGCUGAGGAUGCGGACCGCGGGAUGGGCGCGCGGCUGGUGCCUGGGCUGCUGCCUCCUCUUGCCGCUCUCGCUCAGCCUGGCGGCCGCCAAGCAACUCCUCCGGUAUCGACUGGCCGAGGAGGGCCCGGCGGACGUCCGCAUCGGCAACGUCGCCUCGGACCUGGGCAUCGUGACCGGCUCGGGUGAGGUGACUUUCAGCCUCGAGUCGGGCUCGGAGUACCUGAAGAUCGACAACCUCACCGGCGAGCUGAGCACCAGCGAGCGGCGCAUCGACCGCGAGAAGCUGCCCCAGUGUCAGAUGAUCUUCGACGAGAACGAGUGCUUUCUGGACUUCGAGGUGUCGGUGAUCGGGCCCUCGCAGAGCUGGGUGGACCUGUUCGAGGGCCGGGUCAUCGUGCUCGACAUCAACGACAACACGCCCACCUUCCCGUCACCCGUUCUCACGCUCACGGUGGAGGAGAACCGGCCGGUGGGCACUCUCUACCUGCUGCCCACCGCCACGGACCGUGACUUCGGCCGCAACGGCAUCGAGCGCUACGAGCUGCUCCAGGAGCCCGGGGGCGGCGGCGGCGGCGGCGGCGGCGAGGGCCGGCGCGCCGGGCCUGCCGACAGCGCCCCCUACCCCGGGGGCGGCGGGAACGGCGCGAGCGGCGGCGGCCCAGGCGGCUCCAAGAGGCGGCCGGACGCGCCGGAGGGCGGCGGCGGGACCAACCCCGGCGGCCGCAGCAGCGUGUUCGAACUGCAGGUGGCCGACACCCCGGAUGGCGAGAAGCAGCCACAGCUGAUCGUGAAGGGGGCGCUGGACCGGGAACAACGCGACUCCUACGAGCUGACCCUGCGGGUGCGCGACGGUGGCGACCCGCCGCGCUCCUCUCAGGCCAUCUUGCGGGUGCUCAUCACCGACGUGAACGACAACAGCCCCCGCUUCGAGAAGAGCGUGUACGAGGCGGACCUCGCGGAGAACAGCGCCCCGGGGACUCCCAUCCUGCAGUUGCGCGCCGCCGACCUGGACGUGGGGGUCAACGGGCAGAUCGAGUACGUGUUCGGAGCCGCUACCGAGUCCGUGCGGCGGCUGCUGCGCCUCGACGAGACGUCCGGCUGGCUCAGUGUCCUGCACCGUAUCGACCGGGAGGAGGUGAACCAGCUGCGCUUCACAGUCAUGGCCCGGGACCGCGGGCAGCCCCCCAAGACCGACAAGGCCACGGUGGUCCUCAACAUCAAGGACGAGAACGACAAUGUGCCGUCCAUUGAAAUCCGCAAGAUCGGGCGUAUCCCGCUCAAGGACGGGGUGGCCAACGUGGCGGAGGAUGUUCUUGUGGACACCCCCAUUGCUCUGGUGCAGGUGUCCGACCGAGACCAAGGCGAGAACGGCGUGGUCACCUGCACCGUGGUGGGCGACGUGCCCUUCCAGCUCAAGCCGGCCAGCGACACAGAGGGCGACCAGAACAAGAAAAAGUACUUUCUGCACACCUCGGCCCCUUUGGACUAUGAGACCACCCGGGAAUUCAACGUGGUCAUCGUGGCGGUGGACUCGGGCAGCCCCAGCCUCUCCAGCAACAACUCCCUGGUUGUCAAGGUAGGAGACACUAAUGACAACCCGCCUGUCUUCGGCCAGUCAGUAGUGGAGGUUUACUUUCCCGAGAACAACAUCCCUGGAGAGAGGGUGGCCACGGUGCUGGCGACGGACGCCGACAGCGGGAAAAAUGCAGAGAUCGCCUACUCGCUGGAUUCCUCUGUGAUGGGGAUCUUUGCCAUCGAUCCUGAUUCCGGGGACAUCCUCGUCAAUACGGUACUGGACCGCGAGCAGACUGACAGGUAUGAGUUUAAAGUUAACGCCAAAGACAAAGGCAUCCCAGUGUUACAGGGCAGCACCACGGUGAUUGUGCAGGUGGCUGACAAGAAUGACAAUGACCCUAAGUUUAUGCAGGACGUCUUUACGUUUUAUGUGAAAGAAAACUUGCAGCCCAACAGCCCUGUGGGGAUGGUCACGGUGAUGGAUGCUGACAAGGGACGCAAUGCAGAGAUGAGCCUCUACAUAGAGGAAAACAGUAACAUUUUCUCCAUUGAAAAUGACACGGGGACCAUUUAUUCCACAAUGUCUUUUGACCGGGAACAUCAGACCACAUACACGUUCAGAGUCAAGGCUGUGGAUGGGGGAGAUCCUCCCAGAUCAGCCACAGCCACGGUCUCUCUCUUUGUCAUGGAUGAGAACGACAACGCUCCCACCGUUACCCUUCCCAGAAACAUUUCCUACACUUUACUGCCACCUUCAAGUAAUGUCAGGACAGUAGUAGCUACAGUGUUGGCAACAGACAGUGACGAUGGCAUCAAUGCAGACCUUAACUACAGCAUUGUGGGAGGGAAUCCCUUCAAGCUGUUUGAAAUUGAUUCCACCAGCGGUGUGGUUUCCUUAGUGGGGAAACUCACCCAAAAGCAUUAUGGCUUGCACAGGUUGGUGGUGCAAGUGAAUGACAGUGGACAGCCUUCCCAGUCCACCACGACCCUGGUGCAUGUGUUUGUCAAUGAAAGUGUUUCUAAUGCAACUGUGAUUGACUCACAGAUAGCCAGAAGUUUGCACACCCCACUCACGCAGGAUAUAGCUGGUGACCCAAGUUACGAAAUUAGCAAGCAGAGACUCAGUAUUGUCAUUGGGGUGGUGGCAGGGAUUAUGACUGUGAUUCUAAUCAUCUUAAUUGUAGUGAUGGCAAGGUACUGCCGGUCCAAAAGCAAAAAUGGCUAUGAAGCUGGCAAAAAAGAUCACGAAGACUUUUUUACACCCCAGCAGCAUGACAAAUCUAAAAAGCCUAAAAAAGACAAGAAAAACAAAAAAUCUAAGCAGCCUCUCUACAGCAGCAUUGUCACUGUUGAAGCUUCUAAACCAAAUGGACAGAGGUAUGAUAGUGUCAAUGAGAAGCUGUCAGACAGCCCAAACAUGGGGCGAUACCGAUCCGUUAACGGUGGGCCUGGCAGUCCUGACCUGGCCAGGCAUUACAAAUCUAGUUCUCCAUUGCCUACUGUCCAGCUUCAUCCCCAGUCACCAACUGCAGGAAAAAAACACCAGGCCGUACAAGAUCUACCACCAGCCAACACAUUUGUGGGAGCAGGAGACAACAUUUCAAUUGGAUCAGAUCACUGCUCUGAAUACAGCUGUCAAACCAAUAACAAGUACAGCAAACAGGUGGAUACAGUGCAGACCACGAACCCCCCUGGCCACAUUGAGGAAUCGUGUAAAAUGAAUCCAUUUCGUAGAGUGACGUUUUCUGUUGUGAGUCAGCCUCAGGACCCACAUCAGGGGUCACUGCAGAGUUGCUAUGACAGCGGGCUGGAGGAGUCAGAGACACCAAGCAGUAAGAGUUCAUCAGGGCCAAGGCUGGGUGCCCUUCCACUCCCAGAGGACAGCUACGAAAGGACCACGCCGGAUGGCAGUGUUGGUGAGGCAGAGCAUAUGGAAAAUGGUGUUGCUGCCAUCACUACCUUUCCCUUCCUCCCCUUUCCUCAUGGCAAGACGCAUGGAAGAAGAGUGCUGUUAAGGCCUCUCCAUUAAGCAACAGGAAAUAAAGGAAAUGCACACCAUAUAGGAAAGAGUCUUAUCAGUGUACAAGAAAAGAAAGGAAAAGAAAAGAAAAGAAAAGAAAAGAAAAGAAAAGAAAAGAAAAGAAAAAGUGGAGAUUAAAAUAUAGAUGAGAUUAACAGGAUUAACCAAAAAGGGGGAAAAAAAAACAACUUUUUUGAGAAAAAAGAAACCAAAAGAUUCUGGAAAAAUGAAAAAAAUGGAAAAGCAAUAAAAAAUUGAACGAAACAUAUCGUUGAAAACUGCAGACAUUGAGAGGACUUUAAAAAAAUAUAUGAAAUAAAACUUGGAGGGAAAACAAAAUCAAUGCAGGAAGAAAAAAGAACUUUAUUUAUGAAUUUGUGUUUCCUUUAUUCUUAGAAAAUCCUUUGAGGUAAAAGUGCUGGAAAGAAAAAGAACAAGUUAAGACAUGUUGAUUUGUGAACACUAUAUUUCUAGGACUUUUUCUGUGGGAAUAGUGCUUUUGAGAGCAAGAUAAGGGUUUAAGCAUUAACUUGGAGUAUUUAGAACUAAAAAGAUUGUGCCUGGAGAAUACACUUGAGCCAAGGCUUGAUGGAAAAUUAGAAUACAAAUCAAAAUAUCCCUCCUCACCAUACUAUUUGUCAAGAUAACUCUAGAAUUAAUCAAUAUAUUAGCUCUUUGAAUAUAGGCGUAAUUUCCUUCCUUCCUUUGUUCCUUCAUUCUUUCUCCCUCCCACUUUCUUUUUUUCUCUUUCUUUUGUUCUUUCUUUCUUUCUUUCGUGGAGUGCCCAGCACACAAUCAGUGUUUGUUGAAUUAGUCAUGGAAUUUUGAGAGAGAUUAUGGUCAACCAAUCUAGACUUAAAUUGUGCAUGCCUCCCAUAACACCAUUACAAGAAAGACUCAUCUCUGCUUGAAUAAUUUCGGCGACACAAAAUCCAGAGGUAGCUCACUCUGUUUUGGUACAUCUUUAAUUCUUGACUUUCUUCUUAUAUUGAGCCAAAAUCUGUCUUCCGGUAACUUGAAUCCAUUUAUCCUGGGUUUUCUCCUUGGGAAAACACAUAAUAAGUGCGGUUCCUUUUCCAAAUGAAAGUACUUCCAAGACGUAAAUUCAGACAGACCCUCCAUCAUAAUGUCCACAUGUAUAGUGUGUCUGUAUAUAUUAUUUGCUAAGUUACAGCCCAAGUUUUGUAAUUGCCCUGUGCCGUUUGGUUGUAAAUCCUUUUAGCAUUCAUUUACUGCACAAAUGCUCUUUUAUAAAAGAAGGAAUGCAGGAUGGGUUCCCACAGUUUAUAUUCUCAUAUUUGGUUGAUUGGAAGAAUUUAGAAAAUCCAUUUGAAUACCUUCAGGAGAAAAACAGGAGGUUUAAAACUGCAUAGGGCUUUGAUCUGAAUUUUUACAUUAAUAAAGGUGCGGUUUGGAUACUAUAUUGUACAGUAAAAAAUAACAUAAAUAUCACCGUGUAUAAAAGGGCUGCAAAAAGAUAAAGAAAUGAAUUAAUAUGUAAAAAAUAACAUUUGAUGAAGGUAAAAGAAUUUUCAGUCUUAACGUUUUAUUUUUAAUUGAAUACCUAUUUUGGUUUGGUUGAUGCCCGAGAUGGAUCUUUCCCUAAAAGCCCAUUCACCAUUCUAACAAAUUUGGCACUAAAAAAGAAUAUCCUUAAGUGGAUAAUGAUAUCAGCGGAUCAGUGGAAGUAAAAGACAAACAAAAUAAAAUCAAGACAAAACAAAACCCAUUUUUCUCAAUGAAAUUAUUGACUUUAAUGACUAAUAAUAUGUGCUAACAUGUAAUAAUAUGUUACACAGAGGUCAAAGUAGAAAAAAAUAAGAUUGAAAGUUAUUUAAAGGAUUCUCUGUCAGAUAUGGACUUUCCCUACUAAAAGUUACAGCAAAGUAAAAUUUCAUUUAUGUGAAGUGUUCCUUAAUGCCAAAUUGCUGUCAAUGUCCCUUGGUGAGUUCUAUUUAUGAAUAGAUUAUGGCACUCUCUCAGAGGCCCUGCACAUCUGACUUUCAAUGAGUGCCUACAUAGAAUAUAUGGCCUUUUCUAGAACCUGGAAAUUUAAUUAAUUUGCUGGCAGGGAAUACUUUUUUAUGCCACAUGGCUUUUCCCUGACCCUACCCAAGAUUUCCAUUUUCAAAUGUGCUUCAUAUAUUAUGAACCUAUAUAAUCUUAAUGAACAUUUUCCAUAUGGUAAUUGUAAUGUUUGACUUUAUAUUCUUGAAAGCUCCAAUGCCUACAUAAAUUCUUUCUCUUUAAUACUAAAUGUUGCUUUGUCACUUGUGUGAAUAUAUGUCCCUCAUUCUGCUUUUCUUAGAUUCAAUUCUGAAAGCAAUAUCCUUCAGUUAUUUGAUUAUAUGUAAGGUUCUUAAGCAAUAUUCUCAAGAACAGAUGACCUCUAUCUGCUUUGUUUCUCACUGCUAUUGCAGAUGUGUUCUAUUUGCAACAUACCCAAUUUAAUAUCUUUCACUCUGUCUUUUAGUAUCUUAGAAAGAGGAGAGUAAAAUGCAGGAUACUUGGAUUAAUCACUUAACAUCUCAAGACCUCAUGUAUUUCACUAAAAUGUGGAAUUUGACUAGCUCAUUUUAAAAGUAACUUCCAACUUUUUACAGAACAUGGGAGACUGGGAAUUUUAGAAAUUAGAGUUUUGUUCUAGAUUUACCAGUAAACUAUAUUUCAUUUCCCCAAGACACAGUUUCCUCAUCUUUAAAAUACAACAGCCAGUGAUAUCAGGGAUAUAAUCUUUAGAGAUAAUAUGUGUUGACUUAUUUUUCUUUCUGGAGCUUUGUCUUGAAAAUGAUUCUGAGAAUUGUGCUUUUAAAAAUUGAUGAAUCCAAGGUGCCUGGGUGCCUCAGUCAGUUGAGCGUCCAACUCUUGAUUUCGGCUCAAGUCAUGAUCUCAGGGUCAUAGGGGGGAGCCCUGCGUGAGGCUCCUCACUAAGAGUGGAGCCUACUUAAGAUUCUCUCCCUCUCUCUCUCUCUCUCUCCCCCUCUGCCCUCUCCCUUGCUCGCAUUCCCUUUCUGUAUAAAAUUAAAAAAAAAAGGUGAAUCCAAGAAAAUGCUUGGUGCUCUAAGGAAGAUAGGUUGAGGAAAGGACCACCAUCUGAGAUAUUUGGAGGACUUUAAUGCAAAAGAGACACAAAAGGUUGAACUCAAUCUUGUGAUUAUUGAGGGCAGAAAGAAUGCCAGUAGACUUAAAUAGGAGAAAAUUGCUUCCAUAAAGGUGAAAUUUAUUGCCUUAUGAAAUGUUAAUAAAAUCUGCUUCAUAGAAUAGUCUGUGUUCUGAAAUCUGUAUCACUAAAGAUGUUGAAACUUAGGUUGCAUGGUUAACUUCUCAAAGCAUUAUUAAAGGAACUCAUUCAUAAGACAGCAAGUUAGACAAAAUGAAUUCCAAUGCUAAUGGUCUGUGAUUACAUGGUAAUUGUCAGACAUAAUAAUAGUGAUAAUUCUGACUGGAAUUUGGUAACAUAAGUCUCAAAGAUUUCAUUGGAAUUUGUGAUUGAGAAUUUUUAAUACAAGCCAUUGUAAUUUUGAGACAAUGCUGUAGUGCUCUAAAGUGCUUUUAUCCUACCGACGCUAUUGUUCUGGAGAAAAAGUCACUAAUUUUUUAUUUGUGGAGCCAUCGCUUCUUUUGUAUCUGGAGACUUUACCUUCUAUCCUCACUGCAAAUGCUCUUUCUCUAUUGCAAUGUAACUGACUAUGAGAGCCAUUGUGAUAAAGAUGAAUAGAAAAAGUAACUUCAUGAUUGAUUGUCUUCAAUUUUAUUAAGGUGUGGAACAUAAAGCAUUCAUAUAGAAACCUGAAUUAUUUUAUCUGCAAGAGAUUAUGAAAAUUCCUCAUUUUGAAAUCCGGUUAAGAAAAAAAAAUGCGUAACUUCUCAAGGUCAUAUGGUUAGUGAGCGAGCUAUGAUCCAGAUUUCCCUGAAUCCCAGUAUGGAGGCAACAAAAUUUAUUGCAGUAGCUUGCUUAAAAGUAUACAUCUUGGUGAGUUGACACUUUCUUUUGUGUCCUUAGAUGCACUACUUAUCUCGAAUCAGCAGGAUGAAAUAGGAAAGCAAACACACAAUUUUAUUUAUAAGAUACAGAAAAACACUAGGUAGUGUAGCCUGCUGUGUUCCUGGAGGGACAUGGAAGUUGGCAUCCUUUUGUAAAGCUUGACAUUACAAACAUUCUUUGUAACCGACUAACAACUUUUGCCAGAAGUGAAACCAGUCAAAACUAUAUUCCAACUUAAAGUCAGGAGCGGCAUAAUAUGAUCUUAUCACCACUGUUUUGUGGCUGGAGACACCACAGUAUGCAACAUCCCCAGAGUUUAUAGUCAAUAAAGCAGAGCGAGCUAACCAAAGAUUUCCAAUCAUAAGCAUUAAUGACUCAACCAUCAUUAUUUAAGCUUGCCUGUCCACUCUAAUCAGGACAACAGGCAUCAAUUAAAUAAAUAGAACAUCUGAUUAUAAAGAGAAUUGUUAACACAAGCGCAUUAGCUGGUCGUAAUAGGAUAUUAGCUAAUUGGCAGGGGCAGGGGCAGGGGGAUGUCCUUAGACGCCAUAGUGCCUACUGCUCGGGAUUUUAAUUCUUUGCGAACUUUGUUGAGCAUAGCAACAUGAUAAGCAAAAGUGUCUGAGUAAUGAAGAAAAUGCAGACAAAUAUUUUCAAAACAACAAAACUAUGUAGAUCUAAUUUUGAAAUUGUGCCAAUUUUGUGAGGUCACAGAAACCUUAAUCAUUAUGCUAAAGUUUUACAGAUUUCUGUGUUUAUAAUGAAAGCAAAAAAUGAGAUUGGGAGGGCUGAUGGUUUUACAGACGUGUUUUGGAUUAUUUAAUUUAAUGUUUAUUUACAAUAA